AUGCUCAUAAGGUUUGGAGAUAUCGAAGAUGGUAGAAUCUUGUCCAUGGGCACAUUCCUUGACCCUCGAUUCAAAAAACUGCACUUUGAAAAAGCGACUGCGGUCUCCAAUCUUCUCAAAAAUAAGGCACAUGAAAUGACAAACGCAUCCAAGGAAAGAGAGAAGUCAGAGCGUAAUGACGAUAAUUUGCAGGAACAGUUGCAGCAGGAGAAACAAACUGGAAGUAGCUUGUGGGGCUACCAUGACACAAAGAGAAAGACUGAAUGUUCUAAUUCAUCAUUAGUGGAGCUUGGCGGUUUCCCAUUGCAGCUUCGACAGUAUAUUGCAGAAGACACUGCGGAUCGAAAGGCAAAUCCAUUCAAGGAAUGGGAACAAAAAUUGAAGAUGAAAUAUCCGGAUUUAUAUCCUCUUAUGAGGAAAUACGCCACAGUUCAAGGCUCCUCUGCUGCUGCAGAACGCGAAUUUUCAGCAGCAGGACUGAUAGUCAACCCUAAACGAACGCGGAUAAACCCCCGGAAAUUACCAAAAUUACUGUUCAUGUAUUCUGUUGAUGACUCGGUUUGGUAUGCAUGA